AUGAACUGGGUUGGGGGGUCCCGUCGAAGAAUCAUGCUUACCAAAGAGAAAAGAAAACAGAAGGAUUUUUUUGAAAAGGAAAAACUUAAGUCAAAGAUGAAGCUACUGGGAGUAUCCUCUUUAAAAAGCUCAGCUGUCAGUUUGGACCUUCUCAAUCUCUACGUUGUUAAUCAGAUCUCUACAAAGAAAGAAAAUGCUGAGAAUAUUCGCAAGCCAAUUCAUGUAGAUAUUAACAGAGAAACUCAAAUUCCUUUGAGAAAACAAAAUGUAGAGUUUCCCAAGUCACCAGAAUGGAAACCAACUAAGUUGUCCCUUGAUGACAUCCAGCACAGGAUACAAGAAGAAAUCUUGGAUAGUAGAAGAAAAUACCUCUAUGAAAAAAACAGUGUUCAUUCUGAAGAUUCUGGAAACAGUCAAGCAAAUGGAGAAAUAUCAUUGUUUCAUACUGUAAAUGACCAGAUGAAGACUAACCAAGAUGUAAACUUCCAGCCAAUUGCAAGUUUGUUUGAAGAAGAAAAUCAAUUUCUGGCGUUUCCUUCUUCUCAGUCUUACUGUUCUUUUGCUAACAAAAGCCAUAUUGACCAGCUAUUCACAGAUUUUGGAGAUGCAAAUGAAAUAUUCAGUAAACCCAGCCUGUACGAUGGUGAAGAAAUGCAUCAGAUGAUACCUCCUAUCCACUGUGCAGCUGAGAGGGACCUCACAAGCAUUCUCACUACUCCAGAGAUGAUUUGCUCCCUUAACAGCCAAAGGUUAAAUGCAAUAAACCAGAAUCCAAACUGGAAUCAGUUCAAACACUGCAGUAUCCAGAAAAGAAAUCCUGUAGAGUUUUCUGAUCAGCAAAAACUUACUAUGUUCUUUGAUAAUAAAGGUGAUGAUUCCCAGUUAAGCAGCCAGUCACCCACCUAUUCAGAGCAAGCAGAUAGACAUACCAGUUCUUCCUCUGACGAGUCUAAACCAGAGGAGUGUGAUGAAGGAGCAUCAUCUGAUUCUCAAGGCUCUUUUUCAAGGACUUCCAGCAAUCCCUGCUUAGGAUCAGAAUGUGUUUGCCAGUUCGAUGGCAGGCCCUGGAAUAAAACUAAUAUUCAACCUGCCAUAACUCCGAGAAAGAAUAUGUUGCACAGAGCUGGACUGGCGUUGUCAGACAUGAACGAUAAGGGGAAGCACCAUGCUUCGUCUCAAACAGAUGCGUGUGCUGAGCCAGUAGAAAAAUCCAAUGCAGCUGUGCAGUGUGACAUCAUCCAGAGCUGCCCCUGUAAAAAGGAGCUGUCUUCUGCCCACAGUGCUGAAAUGGUGACUUCGACUAGCAAGGUAGAGGCCACUGGAGGGCAGAACAUUCCAGCAGAUAGUGCAGUCCUUCAGCCUCCAAAUAGCAAUUCUUUGUCGACUAAGAAUUUGUCUCCCAAAACAGACGGUUUUAUAUUGGCAAGGUCAGCCUAG